CCCUCUCUUCCCCUCUCAUCUUUUCUCUCCUGUCUCUCAUUCCUGGACUGAUUUAUUUGUCCCAGCUCUCUCCAGAGUAGUCUCUCCAGAGUGGUCUGGAAAGCACUGUUCUAUAAUUGUUGGCUGCUGAAGCUAUCUUCUCCAUCUUGGAUGAGGCUGGAUCCUGGUGCCGCUUUGGAAAGGUGUGGACCGUAACCCUGUCCCACCUGCACCUCCUGUACCUCCAGCCUGCUCACCACUGACCAGACUCCUGGCCCCCUGCUGGACAAAUAAUAGUAUUUUCCUUCCUUGGCUUCAAAACCCUGAACUGUUAUUUUUCAGUACAGGUGGACUUCACUAUUGUGGUGUUGCACCACCCUCUCAAUCUCAUGCUGAGAGAUUGAAUGUAGAUGAAACCAAGGAAAAGCUUUGGAACUGAAGCUCCAGUCAAACUCUGCACUUCAACCUCACUGCCAACAGAAGCUCUAAGCUUUCAGAACAACUUUUCAUUUGGGGACAAGACUGUGCUGGUAAAGAGUGCUUCUGAUAUCGAUGCCAAUCUUCUGGCAGUCCUACCCAAGGUUUCAGAAUUAAAGAAACAAUUUGAAAGCGUUGAUUUGGAAAUGAACAGCAGGAAGGAGAGGAUAGCCAGGCGUCUGGAGGGUAUAGAGAGUGACGUUCCUCCUGCCCUGAUUCCCAGCUGUGUCGGUCUGGUGGUCAACCGCAUGCUGGAGGAGGACCCACCACGAUACACCCGUGCCUCAGACCCCUGUGAGCCAAUCAUGGUGAGACGUUACAGCAGAGAAGAGAUGGAGAUCCCACAGAUGCAGGUGUCCACCCCAGACAGACAGUCCAGGGCCCGGGGCAGACCGGGGGACCAGCCUGGACCAGCCGCCCACCCCCAGACAGAGCCUGUCCUAUCCCCCUCUGGUGGCCCAGUGGACCCAGCAAGCCUCAGCUCCAAGGCUGAACGGAUCGCCCGCUACAAAGCCGAGCGACGUCGCCAACUCUCUGAGCGUUACGGCAUCUUCCUGGAUCAGGAGAUAGACAUGGACUACUCCCCCCGCUACUCGCGCUCACGUAGAGAGUCUGACGUCUCCGACAGAGGGGCCACAGCAGUCACCGAGCGUAGGAGAGAGAGAGAGGAGGAGGAGGAGGGGAGAGGAGGAGGAGGGAGGGAGAGUUGUCGAAGGGCACCCUACAGCUCCGGAGUGGGCCGGAUCUACGUGCAAGCUCACCCUGCUGAGGUUCACCCUGCUUCUGGCCAAGCUCCUGGCCCAGGCCACGGCUCUGCCCAUACCCUGGCCCCUCCGCCCACCCGGGAGAGGGCCAGCACCUUCUCAGAGCGGGAGAGGAUGAUGAACCUGGAGAACUACCGGCUGGCCCAGGAGAGGACAAUGGCAGGGGGGCCCAGAGAAGCCUGCAGUAGGCCACAGGAUACCCUCCAUACCCAACCCCACCAGACCCACCCCCAGGCCAGCCCCCCUUCAUCCAGGGCCUCCUCCAGGGAGUCUUACAGCGUGGCGGCCGCCCCCAGCUCCCCCCGGACGACCCGCCGAGCCUCCCUGCCCUCCACGCACUACGGCAUCUCCCCCGGGGACCUGUUCAUUGAACAGCAGGCUCAGGCUGUCCUCAGCAGACAUGGGUCUCGUCUGAGUCCAACAGAGCUACAGAACCCAGAAGCUAACGAAGAAAAGCUUGAUGAGAGAGCUAAGAUGAGUGUGGCUGCUAAGAGGUCCCUUUUUAGGGAGCUAGAGAGGACCACAGAUAGCGUUCCCAAACCACGGUCCCAAAACCCCGCCGUGGAGAGGCGUCAGCGACGAGUCCAGGACCGCGUACACACGCAGCCUAUCACCAACGAGGAAGUGGACAUCGCUCACACUGGCCCUGCUAUGUCCUCACAAACGGUGAUGGUCCACUCCACAGUAGCACCUAUCCCCAGCCCCACUGUAGUCAGCACCAUCAUGACCAGCUUGCAGGAGGCGUCACAGCGCGGCUCCAAGUUGUGGCGCAUGGGGGAGCAGGAGAGGGAGAGGGAGGCCCAGCCGAGGGAGGCCCAGCCGAGGGAGGCCCAGCCGAGGGAAGCCCAGCCGAGGGAAGCAGGAGAAGGACCAGGGCCUGAGGGGAUGAUGGAGGAUCUGGGUCCAGAUGAGCCUGACCUCUCCACUCUCAGCCUGGUGGAGAAGAUGGCCAUGUUCAACCGGCUGUCCACGCAGCCCUCCAAGCCUGCCACAGAGGGGGCCGGGGCCUCCAGGGUGGACACCCGCCAGCGUAGGGCAAACUCCCGCUUCCAGACCCAGCCCAUCACCCAGGGAGAGGUGGAUCAGCUGCAGAAUGGAGGCGGGGUCAAGCUGGAGCCGCUGUCCGCCUCCUUGGUCCGCUCUGUGGCAUCCGUCACCUCACAGGUCUCGGUCGCCACGGUAACCACAGUGACCUCCGGUGGGGGUGACCACUUGGGGAAAUCUACGGCCGUCCCCUACAACCCCCCUGCCCCCACCACUACCACCCCGGACAGGGGAGGGGUGAGGUACUUCAACCUGACCCAAGGUGGAGACUCCUCCAGUGUCCCUGAACCAGAUAUGUACUCCCCUGGCCAUUCCCUGUCAGAGCAGCAGCAGGCUCACAGCAGAGGAGGCAGAGACAGAGGAGGGGCUCCUGGAGCCGGUCGCUCCUUCACUGGCUACAGAGAGAGAGAGGAGGAGGAAGAUGUGUGGGGAGGAGCGGCCAGAGAGGAGAGGGAGAGCCGUGGUGGUAGUGGUCCUGGAGGCAGGGAGAGCAGAGACAGCAGGCAGCUGCAGGAUCAGCCCACGGCCCCAGAGCCACAGCCCCAGCCUCCUCAGCCUCAGCUGCGGCACGCCAGCGGUAGCCACGGAAGAGACGCGGAGCACCCCAGUGUGUCAUUAAGAACUGCCAUAACAGUGGUGUCGUCCAGGAGUGUUUCUCACAGCUCCAGUACCCAGCAGCAACAGAAGAUUCAGUCUUUCACUCAGCCUCCCCAGACUCUGCCCAAGCCUUACACCCAACAAUCCCCACAAACUCCCCCCAGCCCCAGCCCCAGCCCCAGCCUUACUCUCAUCCACCACAGCACCAGCACCACCCCCACCCCCAGCCCCACCACCAGCCCCACCCCCACCCCCACCUCCAGCCCCACCUCCAGCCCCACCCCCACCCCCAGCCCCACCACCAGCCCCAGCCCCACCCCCAGCCCCACCCCCCAGCCCCACCACCAGCCCCAGCCCCAGCCCCAGCCUUACUCUCAUCCACCUCAGCACCAGCCCUUCAACCAGGCAUGUCCAGCACAGCCCCAGCCCAAGCCCCAGGAAAGGGAGAGGCGAUUCACCCAGCCACUACCCAAGCCCUACUCUCAGCUAACCCCCCAGACUCAACCAAACACCCAGUCCUUCUUCCAGCCGCCUUCGCCCCCUCCCCAGACCACUCCCCAGACCCUACCCAAGCCCACAUCUUUCCCCCCGCCCCUGGUCAAGUCCCAGUCCCUGCAUCUGGACAACAGUGAAGACUUCACAGAACACAGUGUCUCCGACCUCCUCUCCCCCACCGAGGCAGACCUCUCAGAGAUGUCCGCCAAACAGAUGUCCAUCAAGGAAAGGCUGGCCCUGUUGAAGAAGAGCGGCGAGGAGGACUGGAGGAACAGGAUUAAUAAGAAACAGGAAGUGAUGAAGGUUUCUUUGACUGAGAGACACUCCACAGUACAGGGACAGGGAUGGGAGGCAGCGCAGAUCUACAAGAAGAAGGAGGAAGGGAUGGUUAUUGAUGAUUUUGCUGCUGUCACUGUGUCUGAGCAGCUGUGGGUAAGACCUGACGACGGUGCUGUGCCAAGGCCCAUGGGCCAACGGUGGUCCACUGAGCUCUGUGUGAAACCUGCUGCUUCUUUUCCUCUCAUGUGUUCUGUUGUUCACUGCUCUUCAGUGUUGCUGUGGUCCAGGGUUGCAACAUUUCCAUCAUUUUCCAAAAUUUUCCAGGUUUUCCAGAAAUCCCGGUUGGAGGAUUCCCGGAUUUCAGUAGUGACUGAACAAAAUAUCAAACACAUCAAACACAUGGUUCCCAUGAGUUUGAUACUGCUCCAUUCCAGAAAUGACUAUAAACUGUCCUCCCCUCACCAGCCUCCACUGUUGCAUGUCAUUGCAUUUCAUGUGAGGUGUAUGGAUGUGAGGGGCUCAGGUGAUGCUGUAGAUGUUGUCUCCCUUUCUUUAAAGGGGAAAAUACAUUGUGAACCAGCUAAAGAUUUGACUGGGGGACCCUCCCUCAGUCUGCUUCAGCCCUGGACCCCCCAUCAUGACUUCAGACUUGAUUUAUCCAAAAUAAUCUCUGAACCUGUCUUUUCCUCCACAUAUUCUCCCCCCAUCUCCCUUGGUCAUAAGUGCCAAGUUAUUGACCCUCACAGUCAGAGGAUGGGAAAGGAGAUGGAGAACCAGGCUCAGAUGUCCAUAGAGGAGAGGAAGCAGAUGAUCUCUACAAGGGAGGAGGCCUGGGAGUCUAAAGGAAAGGGCGUGGCCAACGACUCCACCCAGUACACUGUGACCGCACGCAUGGUCAAGAAAGGUCUGACAGCCUCUUCCUCAGCCAUCAGCCCCAUCCUGUCUUCUUUCUCCACCAAACUCAAGAGCAGCGUGCCUGGGUUCAAACUUCAGGAGGAAAUCGAAGCCAGACCAGAGAUGAACUUGGAGUCAGAUAAAAAGCUGGAUAAAUUGGAGACCUGUUUGGGACGUCUGAACAAUAGCGUGGCAGAUCUUGAGGAGACCACUCUGACAGUGACAGAGAAGGCUGUGAAAGAGGUGAUGAGGAUGGAUGAUGAGAUCUUCUCCAAGUUCUACCGUCAUGUGGCUGACUUUCCACGCAUGCCCAGCAGGAUCGAGAUCGAUGAUGACUUUGAUGCCAUCUUUGGCACUCAGGCACCAAAGUUGACCUCAGCCAUAGCGCAGCACAAACGGGCAGUGAGACCGUCUAGGAAUGUCCAGUCGUCUAAGAACCCUCUGAAGAUGCUGGCGGCAAGGGAGGACAUCAGACACGAGUACACUGAGCAUAGACUCAACAUCGGCCUCAUAGAGAGCAAGAGGAUGAAGGAUGAGAAGUUGAAUAAGAGUUCGGAGUACUCAGAUGCGGCCCUGGCUGGGCUGGCCAGUAAGGAGAACUUAAACAACGUGAGUCUGAGGAGCGUCAACAUCUCAGAGCAGAUGUCCAACAACAGCGCUGUGCCCUACAAGAACCUCAUGUUGAUGCAGGUCAAAGGCCGCAGUCACGUUCAGACCAGACUAGUGGAGCCCAGAGCCUCAGCCCUGAACAGUGGAGACUGUUUCCUCCUGGUUACUCCCCAGCACUGCUUUGUCUGGAUGGGAGAGUUCGCUAACGUUAUAGAGAAAGCCAAAGCCUCUGAGCUGGCCACGUGGGUCCAGACUAAGAGGGAUCUGGGCUGCAGAGCGAGCCAGGUCCAGGCCAUCGAGGAAGGGGUCAACCCCCAGAGCCCUGCAGCCACGGAGUUCUGGAAGACCCUGAGAGGACAGCAGACCUACCAGUCUGCAGGGCCACCGGAGGAGGAUGAGCUGUUUGAGAGUGCCAUCGUGGAGACUAACUGUAUCUUCCGUCUGCUGGAUGAUAAACUGGUUCCUGAUGAUGACCAGUGGGGGAAGGUUCCUCGCAGCACACUACUGAAGUCCAAAGAGGUGCUGGUGUUUGACUUUGGCAGUGAGGUGUAUGUCUGGCAUGGUAAGGAGGUGACUCUGGCCCAGAGGAAAGUAGCCUUCCAGCUGGCCAAACACCUGUGGAACGGAACCUUUGACUACACCUGCUGUGACAUCAAUCCUCUGGACCCAGGAGGAUGUAACACACGCAUACCCUGGAAGGGCCAGGGCCGUCCUGACUGGGCCAUAUUCGGCAGGCUGACACAGCACAAUGAGACAAUUCUGUUCAAAGAGAAGUUUCUGGACUGGACAGACACUAAGAAACCACAACCAAAGAAUAGCAAUGAACAAGUCACUGAGCAGAAGGAUUCGCCGGGGCGCGUGUGCAGGCCGUAUGAUGCAGCGUUGAUGCUUCCUGUACUCCAGACAGCUGUCAGCACGGUGCUGGAUGGGAUGAACGUUGGCCGAGGCCACGGCUCUGUAGAAGAAGAGGACAGGAUGAGGACUGUAGAGAUCAGCAUUGUGUUGGUAGAUGUCUGGCACAUCCUGGAGUUUGACUACAGCCGGCUGCCCAAGCAGAGUAUAGGCCAGUUCCAUGAGGGAGACACGUAUGUUGUGAAGUGGAAGUACAUGGUGAGCGCAGCAGUUGGGAGGAGGCAGAACCCGGAGCAGAGGAGUGCAGGCCCUGGCAAGGAAAAGUGCUGCUACUUCUUCUGGCAGGGACGGAACUCCACCGUGAGCGAGAAAGGAACGUCAGCACUGAUGACAGUGGAGUUGGAGGAGGAGAGAGGGGCACAGGUCCAGGUCCAGCAGGGGAAGGAGCCUCCUUGUUUCCUGCAGUGUUUCAACGGGGGGAUGAUUAUACACGGUGGGAAGAGAGAGGAGGAAGAGGAGAACACACAGACUGAGUGGCGUCUGUACUGCGUGCGGGGCGAGGUCCCUGUAGAGGCCCACCUACUGGAGGUAGUCAGUCACUGCAGCAGCCUUCGCUCCAGGAGCUCCAUGAUCCUCCUCAACGUUAACAAGGCCCUCAUCUACCUGUGGCACGGCUGCAAGGCCCAGCAACACACACGGCUGGUGGGCCUCACCGCCGCACAGAGGAUCAAAGAACAAUGUCCGUUGGAGACGGGGCUCCACAGCAGCAGUAAGGUGACCGUCACACAGUGUGACGAGGGAUCAGAGCCCACGGGAUUCUGGGAUGCUGUAGGGAAGAAAGACAGGAAAGCCUACGACUGCAUGCUGCAAGAUCCGGGUAAAUUCAACUUCACCCCUCGGCUGUUCAAGCUGAGCAGUUCUUCAGGGGAGUUUGUGGCUACAGAGUUCUUCCACCCCUCCAGAGCUCCAGACAUGGUCAGCUCUCUGCCCUUCCUACAGGAGGACCUGUACCAAGCCUCCCAGCCUGCGUUGUUCCUGGUGGAUAACUUCCAUGAGGUGUACCUGUGGCAGGGCUGGUGGCCCCAGGACAGCGAGAGCUCCGGCUCCGCCAGGAUAAGAUGGGACAUGGACAGGAAGUGUGCCAUGGAAACGGUGCUGCAGUACUGUAAAGAGAAGAAUGAGCAGAAGUCGUAUCUGAUCCAUGCUGGUCUGGAGCCUCUCACCUUCACCAACAUGUUCCCCAGCUGGGAGCACAGAGAGGACAUCGCAGAGAUCACUGAGAGGGAGGUGGAGGUGUGUAACCAGAUCAUCCUGGUGGAGGAUGUGCUGGCCAGGCUGUGCCAGAACACCUAUCCCCUGGCUGAGCUGUUGGCACGCCCACUUCCUGAGGGCGUCGACCCCCUCCGCCUGGAGAUCUACCUAUCAGACCAGGACUUUGAGAAAGCGUUGGACAUGAAGAGAGAAGAGUACGAUGGAUUACCAGGGUGGAAGCAAGUAAACUUAAAGAAGGCUAAAGGACUGUUUUAGUGUAAGUUAACCUGACGAUGGUUGUGGAGAGAAGAAGAAAUUCAACAAUUCUUGGAGGACAGUGGAAGUUGAUAAAAUGCUUCUUUAUUGAUAAAACCAACGUGUUUUUGGCCCGCGUUUUGCCAUUCAUCAGGUUGGUUGUGGUGAGAAGAGGAUGGAGAGACUGUUGAUGAUGUAGGCCACCAGGCUGUGUCCCCCACCAGGCUGUGUCCCCCAUUCAGCCCUUCCCAGCGGUGUGACUGAACACCAGUGGUAGCUGGUAGCACUUUAAAUCGGAGGAUGUGAUCAUAGUUUGGGUGGAAUGGUUUUACAAGAGUUUGAUACAAUUUCAUUCACUCCAUUCCAGUCAUUAUCAUGAGCCGUCCUCCCCUCACCAGCCUCCUCUGCUGAACACACUCUCAGGGACAGCUUCACUGAGGGAAUCAUAAGUGGGAGAAGAGGACAGAGGCUGCAGUGGGGGAUCUGCUAAUGUGUGCUGGCCUUAUGUAGCAUCAUGUUUUUAACUUUUAACUAUGUAGGAAAAUGAAAAUCCUGCUAAGCAAAUUUUGUUCAGUGGCUUCAUCAGGAAUUGUACAAAGCAGGAUGAAACACAUCCUCUCCCUCUGUCUCUCUCUGUCUCUCUUUCUGUCUCUCUCUGUCUCUCUCUGUCUCUCUUUCUGUCUC